AUGAUGUCACUCUUGUUAGAACAAUCAUGUGGUCUUUAUUUAUCAUCAAUCGAUCCAUUAUUACGUCCUGCUAUAAAUAUAGCAGCCAUCAUGCCAUCAUUAGUCAAUGAAUUAGUUGGAAUGAGAAGAGAUUUAAGAGCUAUGAAAACAUUUGACGAAAAUAUUCAAAAGAUAUUGCAAUCUUUGAGAUCUCCUUCUUUACAACAUCAUAUCUCAAUUUAUAUGCAAUAUUUAGGUCUACUAAUUUGUGGUUUUGCUCAAUGGCAUCAUUAUUCAGAUCGAUUCAAAAAUCUUAUUUCACUAGAUGAAACACAUAAACAAAUAUUAAUAUUUUCGAUUGCUGAUGAUCUAAAUCAACGUUAUUAUGCUCUACAGGAUGCAUUAUUACAAUAUCAAUCGCAUAAAAUAAUACAUGAAAGUCUUUACUAA